AUGAUCGAGCAUCAACUCGCUGGAAUGCAGUCACUCAGCUCCCUGCUGAUCAGGGAGGAAUUGUACGGACUCAACAGGGAAGAGAUCGAUGUCCUUCUCGCCACAGUACUUCUCCUCGUUCUCUACGACGUGAGUCAACAAUUGCCAUUCCUUGCUGGAAAACCUCCUUAUGGGAUUCAGAUCCGUGAGUCGGGAAUUUCCUCUCAUGGGGUGCAUCUGACCGGUACCGCCUACAUCUGCCGCAAGAUCUCCCAACAACCGACGGCAAUGGUUUCCCCUCGCACGGCUUUCCUGAUAGCCACUCUCGCCUGCAUCCCCACCGCAUCGCCCUGGUUCAAGCGGCUCCUGUUCCCGUUGCUUAUCGCGGGCGCGGAAACGUCUGUGCCGCACCAGCAGCGGUUUGUGGAGAUGUGCAUUGGCGAGAUCAAGCGGAAGACGGGGUUUCAGCAGGUCGCCAUGACCCAGAUUCUGGGCAAGGUGUGGGAGGGAAGGGCGCGACAGGUGGAUCGGUCUCGAAAUGUGCCGUGGAUGGAGUAUACGUGCUCGGUCGAUCUGAGUCGACUCCGGCUUGUGGGUGCUCAGGCGGCAGACUGCGCUUCCAGGCCACCUACACUCUCGAACCUGCGUCUCUGGGGCAAUCCCUGA